AUGAGUAAACCUCCAGCUAUCAAGCGUUAUGGUCCAAUGCAUUUUUUUAUUGGCGGCGAAGUAUAUACAUAUCGUUUGCCGCAUAUGAGAACGCGGAAUACAUAUUGGUUGUGGGUGGUUGGGAGUGAGCUACAAUUGCGCGCAUCCGAGGCAUCCGAGGGAUGGAAUCGCAAUAAGCACGCAAAGAAUGGGUUAUCUCACAAGACUUAUGAAAAGAUCAGUGGCCUUAUAUUGAACAACACUGUUUAA